AUGCCGCUCUCGAUGCGCAAGGUGUUGUUGGACAUAAACUGGGAUGACACUGCCUUUGACAAUUCUGACUUUAGUACUGGAUCCUCUCCAUUAAUGCCGAAUGAAAUGGAUGUCGAAUUUGAAGUUUGCACUCAUUCUGUUCCGACAAAUGAAUACGGGGAUUUUAACAAUAAAUACUUGUUCGUCGAUCCCCAGCCUGCCCAAACACUCUUCUUAUUCUAUCUACAACAACUGUUUGCAGAGUACUUACAUAUAUGUAUGCCGAUGGAAACCAUUGCACCACACACUUCAUUGUCAUCACACCAACCAACAGUUUCAAGCUCGACAAGUCUAUCACCGCGUACUCAGAAUUUAGUGCUAUCAUCGCCGCCAAAACAGAAGAAUAAUCAGUUAGCUUCGAGUGAUCCCAUACCUUCAAUUCCAGCUAAACGCAAAUCAGGUGACAAAGGAACUCAUCCAGUCCCAAGCCAGAAGCUAUAUCUCCAACGAUAUUUAUCCAUUGACGGUGAUAACCGUUAUGGUAACUCAUAUAAGAGAGAUCGUCGUUCUUCUGCAGCUGACGAUAAACCCACUCCUUCAAGUUCAGCUUCAUCUUCCCAUGAAGUAGAACCGAAACGAGAGCCGCAUGAUUCCUCCAAUUUUGAUACCACAAUAGAUAUGAAAGUAGACGGAAAAUUGAUAUCGGCGAAAUCUUCACAGAAACUAUACAAAGAGUUGUUAACAGAAGAAGAGAAGUGCGCAAACCAUAUUGCAUCAGAACAAAAGCGUUGCAAUACAAUUCGUGCCGGUUUCAAAACUUACGGAUAUUAUACCCACGCUGAAGAACGUCAACAAUUCUGA